UGUUUCUUACAAUCUACUUACAGUACAUUAAAUGUAUGCAUUUUAAUGAUAUAAGGGUUUCUUUUUAACACUCUCACACUUUAACACAAUUUGUAUCUAAUUUAUCUACUAACAAUGUACAGUAGUGGCCAAAACUAUGGGCACCCAUGGGAAAAUGAGCAAAGAAUGCUGUGAAAAAAAAUCUGCAUUGUUUAUCAUUUUGAUCUUUCAUUCAAAAAACUCUUUCAAAAAUUGAGAGAAAAGAGAUACAUUUUUAACCUUUAAUUGAAGUAGAUAAUUGAAAGACAGGAAAUAUCUCACUAUUAAAUAAAUAUUUUUCUCAUAAACACAUUGCCCACAAUUUUUGGCACCCCCUAGAAAUUCUAAUGAGUAAAAUAUAUCUGAAGUAUAUUCCCAUUCAUAUUUUACAUUUUUGAGUGCACCUGGGUGACUAGGAACAUUAAAUUGUUCAGCCAUGAUUUCCUGUUUCACAGGGGUAUAAAUAUGAGGUAACACAUUGGCUAAAUUCCCUUAAUCAUCAAUCACAGUGGGUUAGACUAAAGACUACAGUUCUGAUGUGUGGCAAAAGGUUGUUGAGCUUCACAAAAUGGGAUGUGACUAUAAGAAAAUAUCCAAAGCAUUGAAAAUACCCAUUUCCACCAUCCACGCAAUAAUUGACAAGUUCCAAUCAACUGGAGAUGUAAUGAAUCAGCCAGUCUAUAUUGUCUCCACGCACAGUGAGGAUUGUUCAAGUGGCCAAAAAAUCUCCAAGGAACUGGAGAAUUGCAUAAAUGUGUUGGAUCUUGGGGUCAGAAAGUCUAAAAACAACCUAAACAAAUAUCAGAUAUCACCUACAUCACAAGUUGUUUGGGAGGGUUUCAAGGAAAAAAACUCUUCUCUCAUCCAACAACAAACUCAAGCAUCUUCAGUUUGCCAGACACUACUGGAACUUCAAAUGCGACUGGGUUCUAUGGUCAGAUAAAACAUAAAAAGAGCUUUUUGGCAGCAAACACCAGAGAUGGGUUUGGCAAACAGAGAUGAACAAGUACCCAAUGCCCACAGUUAAAUGUGGUGCUGAAUCUUUAAUGUUGUGGGGCUCUUUUUCUGCCAGAGGUCCUGGACAUCUUGUUUGGAUACAUGGCAUGGACUCUAUCAAACACAACAGAUAAAAAAAUCUAAACCUGACUGCCUCUGCCAGAAAGCUUAAAAUGGGCUGUGGUUGGAUCUUCCAGCAGGACAAUGAUCCAAAACAAACAACAAAAUCAACACGACAAUAGUUCACUAACCACAAAAUCAAGGUUCUGUCAUGGCAAUCCCAUUCCCUUGGGCUGAACCCCAUAGAUCAUUUGUGGGGUGAACUGCAGAGGAGAGUCCACCAGCAUGGAUAUCUGAAUUAGAAGGAUCUGUAGAGAUAAGUGUAUUGAGGAAUGGUCUCAGAUCACUUGCCAUGUGUUCUCCAACCUCAUUAGGCAUUAUAAGAGAAGACUCAGAGCUGUUAUCUUAGCAAAGGGAUGUUGCAAAAAGUAUUGAAUAAAAGGGUGCCAAUAAUUAUGGCCAAUGCAUUUUGGAGAAAAAUAUGUAUUUACUAAUUAGAUAUUUCCCUUGUUUCAAUUGUUCUACUUCAAUUAAAGGUUAGAUUUUUGUAAAUUUUUUGAAUGAAAGAUCAAAAGGAUAAACAAUCCAGAUUUUUUUUUUCUUUGCUCAUAUUUACCAAGGGUACCAAUAUUUUUGGCAACUACUGUAUGUACAUGCACCACAGGAUUUUUAAUGUCAUUUUUUCUUUUCUGAAAGUUAUUCCCACCACUGUGUCAUUUCCAUCAAAUCUCAAAUUCUGAAUAGAUAAAUGAAUGUUAGGUUCCGGGCAUCACACGCCACCCCCCCCCAAAACAAAACAAAUCUACGCCCUUGGUUACACUUUUAGUACUUUUCUGACACUACACUUAAAGCGCUCGCUAUGCCUAACUCUAUACCUAACAAUUUAUGUAUUCUAAAUUACACACAAUUAAACGAUUAAUCCACCCAAAUAUUUAAAUUCAAUCAUUGUUUACUCACCCCAGUGUUGUUAUAACCCUAUAUGAUUAGUUGUACAUUUGGAAAAAAUCAUUUUUACAAUAAAUAUAGAAUGUUUUGUGUUUAUUUCACUCUUUGUUUAGAUAGCUUAAAAUAUAUAAUCCUUUGUAAUUUUAUAAUUGAUUUUCAUAGUUUAAUUUUAUGUACAUAAAAAGGCAGUUGAAAAUGACCAAAAAUAAAUGAAAAAGGAAUGAAAAUGUAUCAAUUAUAAUCAUUUACAUUGAUUUGGCAGAGGGUCUUGUCCAGUAUUGGGUAAGUUACUCUAAAAAAGUAAUUAAUUACAAACUACUAAUUUAAUCUUCUACAGAGUAAUUAGAUUACUGUACUAAUUACUCUGUCUGAAAUGUAUUGCAUUACUUUUACAAAUUACAUUCUAAAACCCUCAUCAACCUCAACCAGAUGAAAAAUAUAAGGAUAGACAUGAAACUGUUGUUUUAAAUCUUUCAAAUAAAUCAUAUAAAAUCAAAUUAAUUAUUCAUGAAGUGGCCAAAGAAUUUAAGGGGGCAGCGUUAAAUUAGAAAACAUAUAUUUUAACAUUAGACGCUACAUUUCGAUUUUUAAAUUCACUAUUGUUUUAUACAGAAUUGUUAUAUAGUAAUUAACGCAGUUACAUCAGAAGUAACUGUAAUUAAAUUAAUGAGAAAUUUAGAGUAAUCCCUUCCCUUUUUCCCCAAUGAUAAAGAAAUGUAAUUACAGUAAUUAAUUACUUAAUAAUGCAUAUAAACCAACAUUGGUCUCGUCCAAAGGUACUAACAAUGCAUUCAAGAUAUACAUUUUAUUGAUAUUAUCAGGGAAUUUAACCCAUGACCUUUAGCAGUGUUACUACCAGUUCAGCUACAGAAAUACUACUUCUUCUACUAAUAAACAGCACAAAUUAAAGUUUGUGUUAGUGACAAAACCAAAACCACUCCUAAUUUAUAAGGGAUAAUGAUAGAUAAUGUGGAUUAUAAUGCUUUAAAAAUAAAGUCCAUCCUCACACCUACAUAACUGCAAAGCCUUAUGUGAGCUUAUAGGUACUGAGUGAAGUUCUUCUGAUACUUUGUAAAAGUUUGGUGGGGGCAAGUAAGGUAGUGCUCUCCGGGACACGUCGCCAUCCAAUGAUUGCGCGUCCGCUCUGACGACGUUGCCAAACGCUACCGGCCGACACGCCCCCAGCAUGGAUACAAUCAGCUGUAUAGUCGGCGCACAGCAUACUGUCACUUUAACGUUGUGAGGACUACAGCCACGAUGGGAGUUUUCAUAUUCAAUCAAGACAAGUUUUCAGAGCUCUCGUCGCCGGAAACGUAUCUAUAGAGAAAGAAAGCAGUCGGUGUUGCGCGUUCACGGUUCGACCCCGCAUGAUUUAGAUGCAGGAUGUCAGUGUUGCUGAAAAGCCGGUAAGAUUAGUACAAAGUGAGUUUGCUACCCCUUCAGCAUCACACAAAGGGAUCUACUGAGUUGAAUGGUGUUGUGUCAUUGAGGUUUGAAUGUCAUAAAGAAACAUCCGCGAAACGAAAUGGAUCACUUCGCAGCAGAGUGCCUUGUGUCAAUGUCCAGCCAAGCAAUUGUUCACGGUCCAAAGGGGAAUAGAGAGAUCAAACCCGAAACUGCGGCUGCACAGAGGAAUGGAGAAGAGACCAAGGAGCCUUUGAGGGAUAACUCCUCUCUCUUUGUGGUGGCGAGAAUUUUGGCGGAUUUUAAUCAACAGACACCCACUAAUUUUGUCGAACAGGCAAAGAUAAAGGAGGAGAGCAUUGUGCCACCAACGGCGACCCAAACCAGAGAUGAUGGGAACUCUGCCACACCUACCACCAUCACCGCCGACUCUGCUCUUAAACAAAGAAGCAAACGAAAUAGGGGCCGAAUUGAACAAGAAGUCCCGCAGAAAAAGCACAAAUGCCACUAUUCAGGUUGUGAAAAAGUUUAUGGCAAAUCGUCCCAUCUCAAAGCCCACCUAAGGACACAUACAGGAGAGCGACCCUUUCCUUGCACCUGGCCUGACUGCAGUAAGAAGUUUGCUCGCUCCGACGAGCUGGCACGGCACUAUCGCACCCACACGGGCGAGAAGAAAUUCGGCUGCCCCCUGUGCGACAAGCGAUUCAUGCGGAGCGACCAUUUGAUGAAACACGCACGCCGUCACUCCGACUUUCAGCCGGCAAUGCUGAAGAGGCAGCACGGAGGAGGCAAUGCCACCGUCCCGAGCAGCACGCGCCCCGGCUCCCUCAGCGAUUACAGCCGCUCUGACGCCUCAAGCCCCACACUUAGCCCUACCCUCAGCCCCGCCAGCUCGCCUUAACCUGGCCGCACUUUCUGCCCACAGCUCCUGGGUCCCCAGGCUAAACUUUUUCUUCGCUAUCGAUCUUUUCCUCUCCAAACAAAUGGCAUAAUUAGCGCCCAUGCUAAACCCCUUCGCUUGCUGUGGUAUACUGUACAUAACUGCUUCUUGUAGUGCAAUGUUCUUGUGCAAACCCUAAGAGAGAGAGAGAGAGAGAGAGAGAGAGAGAGAACAGAAGAAGAAAAAUGCUUUUUCCAGAUGGCAAUAUUUACAUGAUGUACCAUAUGUCUGUACUUUUAAAGCUUCUGGCCUUCAUGGCCACUUUUCCAUUUGUUUUUUGUUUUGUUUCGUUCAUUUUACAACCGAUCAGUUUGAGUGAACAAAAAAGUUGAAAGGUUUGACAGGUAAACUAUUGUUUCUUUUUUUUCUUUUUUAUUAUUCUUUAUUUAAAACGGGUGAGGGAAAGGGGCUCACAUACACCUCAGGAUUCAGAACAGUUUUUUUUUUCUCCUUUAAUAUUCACAUUGACUGCACAAGACAAGCCUCACUUUACUCCGAAAUUCAACAGAGGUUGAGUUUUGCGCCCUGCUCAGGGAUGGCCUCGUUAGCUUGAAAGAAUGAACAUGAUGAAGACAGACAUAUGUUAAGAAGCAGCCUUACACUCGGACAAAGGAAACUUUGCACUCUUUUUUUAUUUUAUUUUUUUUGGUUUUCACAUCAGGGGAAACAAAUUCUGGGUUUUAACAAUAAAAACAUUUUCUUUUGUUAUUGUUAUUAUAAUACAUUUUUGGUAAAUCAGUCUAAGAGUGGCAGAACCACUCACAAGAUAAGAAGGGGGGGGGGGGGGGGAGUUGUGUUAUUGAGACUGGAAAUGAGACUCAAAACUAUAUUUUCAACAUUGCUAUCUCCCGAAAACCCUGUACACAGAGCUGUGCUUUCCUGGGUCCUCGUUUCAAAGGGAAACCUCUCAAUAUUGCAUGAAUGUAGUGAUCAGUCCGCCUUUAUAAGCCAGAACUGCCCAAUAAGGGAACUCAUCACUUCUCUUAGUGGACUAAACGAAACUCCACUUGAAAAUUCUGAGGCUAAAGUUUCAAAGCAGCUGUUUCCUCAAUAAAAAACAGCACAUUCAUCAACUUCAGGGUUUUCACUACAGUACGACUCAUUCAAAGGGACUACUUCAGACUCAAAUAAAGACAAAAAGCACAUGAACAGAAUCCACCAAAGACCAUGGUGUGAAUGAGAGAACAGAGAGGGUUUUUACUCUACUCAGUGGAAGACGGGAGGCAGUGAGGGAGGGAGUGAUGUUGGCAUUCUCUCAGGUAACGGCAGAAGUCCUGGCCCUCUGCCCUCCAUCUGCAGAGGCCUUCCACUUAGGAAAUGGCAUCAUCCCACACAGGGCUAUUCAUAGCACACUAGCCAGGAAGACGAGAGCCUAGAGUGGAGCUUUACGCACUCUGUCUCACUCACUCUAGCUGAAGAAGAAGAGUGGGAGGAAAAGAAAGAGAAGGAUGGAGGGCCUCAGCUGUGUCCUAAUCAGGCGCAAUGCAACACAUUUCCAGUAUCAAGACAUUUUUCUGUUCAACAUGAAUGUGGAAUGACAAAAUCACAGCCAAUCAGAACAUAUCUGAUGUUUAAUGCACACCAAUGACCAAUGGGAUUUCACUGUGGGUGAAACGGCAAAACGAAAUCAUGCUGCGUUCAUGUCAUGUUGGAAUUACUGAGAUUCUACUCGGAGCUGUUCACCUAAUACAGAGUUUUAAGAAGUAGUGAACACUUUUUACAAGAUGGAAUCUUGUAAUUACGGUAAUUCCUACAUGAGGUGAACGCACCAUUAGAAACCAAGCAACUGUCUUGUCGCUUAUAGUUUGUUGCCACGCCUGGUUAGGACCAGUGGUCGACUGAUAUAGGUUUUUAAAUGUCCAAUGUGCAGGCAUGUGCAUUUCUGUGUAAGAAGAAUACGCAAUAUUUACUCCGACUCCUCUAGACUCCACUAGCAAUAACAGUUCUGCCAAGCCAGUAAGGUUAUUGGCGAUAUUGAUAAUCUCAAAAUGGCCAAAUAUCGGUUUAUUACCAAUGUAUAGUUCCAUCACUAUUUGGGGUUCAGGUUUACAACUCAAUGUGGACUAGAUUGUCAGAGAGUGUAUGAUCAGGGCUGGGGCACUGGGGGGUGAGGAGAGACCCAGGCCUCAAUGAGAACAAAGACCACUAUCUGCAGGAGGCAGGAAAAGGGGUUUGACACAUUGCGAGACAGAUAAAGACAGAGGCUUUAUCACAAUCUGAGCACUCCAGCGGAAGGAACACCCAGUCAGCUCUCUCUCUCUCUCUCUCUCUGAGAGAAACCUCCCUCCCCUCUGCGCAACUCCCCUCUCACCCACCAACAGCAUCCCACAAUGCAUUGCCGGAGCUUAAAGAGGAAAAUCAGCCUAGUCUGAUUGGAUGUCAUCCAAGCAGCAGGCCAAGUGAGGGGGUUUGUAAUACAGGAAGUUGAAGCCCAAAUUAUAGCAGUUUGAGACAAUGGGCAUAUGUUAUGAAAGUGGAGUUAAAAAUGUUGGGAAUUUUUAGAUGAGAUAUUAUCAGUGUUUUGUUUGUUUGAUUCCCAGUUUGACACUGUUGACUUCUCAGACUAAAUCAGUCAUGCUUUCUAUUUAAAUGACUGUACUGUCUUUUUCACAAGCACAGGGAAACCUCACACACAAUUUUUUUUUUUUACUGUUGCAGGCUCACUGAUAUGUCAGUGUGACCACUAAAUACAUUACCUCAGUUAACCAUUAAAGCAGCUGCUUUUAAACUUGACUCAUUAAAAAGGCUUUUACAAAAAGAAGAAAGUACUACUACAUUUGUAGAUUUACAAUAUAUUCAUACAUAUCAACUGAACAGAUUUACCGUCCUAUAUCGUUUCAGCCUGCGAGGAUGAUAAGGGGUCAGGGUGAGAAACUGUUUAGCUGGGUUUUACUCGCUCAGGCGAAAGACAUACAAGACCCUCCAGGAUUUGAGGCACCGCUAUUCAAACUACUGUGGUGCUAUCUUUCUCUGUGACACUUUCCCAUACAUGCAGUGUUCCUAAAGUGACACUUUAAUAUUUAGCAAGCUUUCUAUCACAUCUCACUCACUUUUAUAAGCUCAAUAAUCAAAACCAGCCAUUCUUUCUUGUGUUGUCUCCAACACAACCCUACAAAUGACCACCCUCCAUGGCCAGUGUGGGGCGACCAGCAUCAGUGCUGUCCAGCUGGACGAGGGCUCUAGGGCUUGAGAAGCAGGUGGGGAGGCCUGUCAAUGCCAGGCCUUGUUCCCCCUUUAUCCUUCCUUUGCUAACGCCCCCAUCCCCCUCCAAGUGGCCUCUCUCGUGGCCCUCUAAAAGGCUUGGCCUAAUCAGAGCUUUUUCCUAUUUCUUCAGCUAAAGAAAACACCCCAAUGAAAAUAAACAGUGCCGGGAUGGCAUUAUCUCUGCAAUAAUACCAAGUAAAGCCAUCUAGCUAUGGACACACCCUCCCCUCGCCCUUUAAAGUAAUUUCAUCUUCCACAUCUGAAGGCUUGGGUAUGAUUCAUUUUGCCGUGUGCUGUAUACGUCUCACGACGCUCUAGCCUUUUUAAAGUAUACUCUUUUGACCGCAAGCCUGUACGGACACAUUCGAAGCAUGUGCACUAUGACUGCUUUGUGAUACGCUUUUCUACAUACAAUGUCAGAUGCAUGCUCCAACUAUGCACACAGAUGCGGACUGUUUGCAUGUCUAGAAAAACUGGACUGCAAGCGAAAGUCUGGUCGUAUUGUGCUAAUGACGAAAUUUGCGUCAAGCGCAUUGUGUGUGAGACAUAGCGGCACAUGGAAAACGAAGCAUACUUAUGUCUCAAGAUGGAAUUCCAUUGGAAUGUUGCCAUACUUAGCUUGGUUAGCUUUCAAAUUUCUUGUCUCCCCACAGAAUUUCUCGACACAUGCGCACUACAACUGCUUUCUGAUACACUUUAGUACAGUCAACUCCAGACACAUGCUUGAAAACGCUCAAAGAUAAGAACUGUCUGUGUUUCUAGGAAAUCUGAGCUGCAUGCAGACAGUCUGCACGUGCUGUGGGAAUGAAAACCGACGUACUUUGGUCUCCAAGAUGGAAUUCCAUUGCAGUGUUUUCAAAUUAGCUAGAUUAUCUUUUGAAGUUCUUUUCUCCCCUCAAAAUGUCCUGCCCAUAAGCCCUACAGAUGCGCUCGACGCAUGCGCACUACAUCUGCUUUGUGAUACUCUUUAGUAGUCAACGGCAAGCGCGUGUGGCGAAAACUGUCCGCGUUUGUAGAAAAUGUUGACUACACGCGGACAUACUAUGUAGCGGCGCGUGGGAAACUAAAGCAUACGUUGCUCUUAAGUUGGAAUUCCAUUGCAAUGUCAUCAAAUUUAGCUAGGUUAACUUUCGAAAUGAAUUUCUCCCCUCAUAAUUUCUCAAGUUAACUUUACUUAUAAAGUAAGCCAGCUUGAAGAGUUCUCCAUCCGUGAACACUCACUCAUUGUAUCUGCAAAUACUCCCCACUGCUGGUCGGUGGAGGAUAUUUCACAAGUUAUAAGGGCAUAGAAAAGCCAGUCUAACCCAAUAUCCUCUUCAUUAGUACUUUUCAAACCCAAUAAAACAUGAUGCCAUUGGCUGUAAAACUUCAACCCUGUUGGCAACAAAACUGUAUUUGUGUACUGGUUAGAUAGAGUAUACUCAAGAUAGUAUAUAUAUAUUCCUGCUAAUGUGUUCUGAAAAAUGCAUUUGCUUAAUGUAAAUUCACUCACAGCCUGGGUCAGGGUGAAUUACAUGUAAAACACACACAUGCACGCUGUUCCUGUAUUUUUCACUGUACCGAUACUACUUGAAUGAGAAGCAAGACCAUUGAACAGAGAUGAAAACAUGUCUAGGUCAUGACAAGUCAAACUGUAUCGUUUCUUGGCUUACAACCCAGCUAUCACAAAUUAUGUGAACUUGGAUAUAUUCAUUUAUCUUUAUUUGUUAAAUAUUUCAGCAUUGUGUUGUAAUUUUUCUGAAUAUUUUCUUUAGAUUUCUGUGUUUGUGGUUUUAGCUAUGUUAUUAUUAUUGAUAUUUCUUGCAAAUAAUGUUAUUAGUGUUUCAUAAUGCUUUCUUUUCUGUCUGCUGCGAUGUUGCUUGUCCUAUGCUAGUAGAGAGGAGUAAAGAUCAGAUAAUAACUUUUUUAUUCAAAGAGACUGACCUCUUUGUCAAUAGCAGAAUAUAGGUGUGUAAUCUCCACAUAUAAGGAAGAAAAGGGAAAUAGCCUGACUUCUCGGCUGAAUGCAGCGGCAGGAGACUGCUUAACAGAGCAUAACUAUAGAGACCACAGCAUUGUAAAUAGAUAGUCACACAUUCAUAUCAGAUUUUUUCCUUUGUUAUUUAACAUAUUUAGAAUUCCAACUUGGUGUUCGAUUUUGUUUUUGUCAUGCAUCUUUUCAAACUCAUACCUCCUAAUAACAAUAAUAACUGAGAAGGUUUUUUUUAUUUUUUUUAUAAAGGGUGGGAGGAGGAAUUUGAUGGAAUUCACAUCUAAAAGACUUGUACAUUUAAUUACAAUAUUUUUAAAUGAAUUUUAAGGGUCUUAUGAGCCACAAAGCCUCGUACUGAAAGCGAAUCAUCUUUCAUGAAAUGAUUUCUACAUGGAUUGCAUAAACCCACAUUCCCAUCUCAUCGAGAAAUGGUUUGUUUUUUUACAUGGCCAUUUGUUCACAGAACUCAACAAAUGAUUUUAAUAGUGCUUGAUUGAAUUUUAGCACAAACUAAAGAAGACUUUGAUCGUGCAUUCGACAAAUUGCAUGUUAGUUCAAUAAUGAGUGCCAAAGGCAUUAGAAGGUUGGUCUUUAUUACAUCACAAACCUAUAGACAACUGAAGUACACAGUGAUAAGUGAGUUAACCAUGUUUUGUUUUCUAUGAGUGGUGUAUGUUUUUAAGUGUAUGUAGCAGGGUGAAUGAUGUGCAUUAGACGAGCGAGUAUUUCUAAAAACAAUUGUUUCUAAUUUGGUGUGUUCUUGCUGUGCUUUUAAUCAUUUUUGUUUUCCUUUAGUUAUGUUUUGCUACAUUUUAGCAUUGUUUUGUUGUACAGUUCGGAACAAAUGCACAUAUAUUCGUAAAAGUGAAAACUCGGACAUUAACCUGUUCACCAUCUUAAAAGAAAGCUCUACCAUUCCAAAGGAUUGCAAAUGCAUUUGCUAUAAAUAUGCUGCUUAUAUCCAACCAAUGCAUCAAAGCUUCAUUUCUUGUCAUGUAUUUAUUUUACAAUUACUCUUUUUGACUGUGAUACAUGUACUAUAUGACUUUUGUUACUAGUUCAGUUCGGUACUAAACUAUUUUUUCAUCUCUUUACUGUCUUGUAGGUUUUCUUCUGACUUUUAUUUGUACAAGUUGCCUGUAAUCGUAUACGUAGUUUUACAGCCAUGCCAGAUUCUGGUAUCUUAAAAUAGAAGUUCACCCAAAAAUUUCAUUUGUUAUCAUUUUUAUUUUUGGGUAAACUAUUCCUUUAAGCAGAAAACCUUUGACCCUCUCAAAGAUGGUAAAAGACAAUACGGCUUCCAAGUGCGUGCGCAAGGGUUCAGUUAUCAGUUCCAUGGUCUUCCCAUGCAAAGUGAGGUCAGUUUGAAUAACCAAUGUUCUCAAUGGUAAAGGAAGAUGUUGUCAUAGUUUAAAAAGUUGUAGAAUGCUAUUGCCAAGGAUGCUAUGGCAUAUAGUUUGGUAGAAUGCCAUUUACCUUUAGCUUUAUUGAAUUACAGCACAGGUGAUUGAAUAACUAUAUUGAAUUGUUGUUUUUAAGACUUGUUACCAAAGGCUUUCUGAAAGAAUGGAUGAAUAUUCAAAUUGCAUUAUUUGGAAGUCAGUCUGCCAUUUGAUGGUUUCAGAAGAACAUUUGAGUGUUUUGCUGAAAGAGAAAAAGAACUGACAAAAGUAAGAAAAUUUGUAUAUAACUCAUAACCAUAUAAAUACAUGACACAUUUUCUUACUCUCAAAAUAUCAGCCUUUUUCUAGUGGAAACAAUCAAAGUAGGUUGUAUGGAUAUGCAAAAUCAACUACUUUUAAACCAGAAUAACCAUAAUCCACUAAAACCUGCAGAUCGAAUAGCUUAUUGAUUUAACGUCAUCCUAGAAAUACAUAUAUGUGAACAUACAAAACAACUGUUGUUUGUCCAGCAUUGCCUUUGUAGUCCCACCAUGCAGUUAAGGCCUUUACAUCAGGCAGCAUGUUGGUGUAAAGAUCACUAUUGGUGAAAAUUACACUGUGCUUUUGCAGUUAGAUGUUUCUCCAAAGAACCUAAGUAGAUGCCAUACAGUAAUCGUGUUUUCUAGUUAACAAAGCUUCAGAGAUGUCAACACACUUAAGGAAUUACUAGACAGCAUCUGCACCUUAAGAAAUUAAGAAAACAUCAUUUACUUGAGGUCUGCUUAAUGGUUGCCUGUCAUUUGAAAUGGUGGAAGUGGAUUUUGUUUUUAGCCCUAGCUUAGGUUUGACUGUUGUUUAUGUUUCGUCUCUUUCUUAACACAGGAGACACUAACUGCUUUUCAGGGUUGUGGUCAUUUCUGUUUGUCUGGGUGUCUGCCAAGCCAUGUGGUUGGGUUUGAAUUCAAACACACUCGCUCCAGUAAAAAGACGCCCGAUUGUCACUGAUCCCUAAGUGUUAUGGCGCGAGUGCAUGACCUAGCAAUUUCGCAAGGCUGAACUCGGUGCCACUCCCUCAGGGAGAGUCUAGCAGAUGAACUCCAACUGAUAAUACAGUCAAAAUUCAUUUAAAAUAAUAUGAAUUUCCCAUGAAGAGAAAACAGCAUAAACACCAUACUUCUCUUAAGUUCUGAAAAUAGAACACUGUGAAAGAGGCAUUUGAAAGACUGAACGCAUUUCAAAUAUUCCAUUGCAAUCUCCGUGUGAUGUUUCAAAUCAGUUAGGGUGGAAAAUUAAGUCAAAUCUCUUCUCUUCAAACAUACCAGUUAAAGGGACAGAUCACACAAAAAUAAAGAUUCUGUCAUCAUUUACUUAUGCCUCACAGUUUUUACGAAUCCACAUGACUUUCUUUAUCGCUUGAUACACAAAAGGACUUAUUUACAGCAGAAUGUCCAAGCAGCUCUUUUUCAUACAAUGAAAGUAAAUGGCAACCUUGACUGUCAAGUCCCUUACGAAAAUACAUUUUUGAGAGUUCAUGGCAAAUUUGCUACAAAUUUUCCAAUGAUAAAUUUCACAUGCAAAUUAGCUUUGCGGCAAAUUGUCCAUUGUUGCCAAAGGUUUGUCAAGGGUUCAUUUGCAAAUUUGUGGUACGUUUGUAGCAAGUUUUGAGUUUUUUUAAGGGGUGAUUUCAGUUAAUUAUGACUUAAAUUGGAUAUUUAGUGGAUAUAUAGUCCAGAAGCUUUAUAGACUACUUUUAUGAUGCUUUUAUGGUGAUUUUAUUGGUCUUUUUGGAGCUUGACAGCCUCCCCAUCCACUUUCAUUAUAUAAAAGAUCAUCUUGGACAUUUAGCUAAAGUUCUCCUUUGGUGUUACACAGAGGUCAUACAAGUUUUUUCAUGAGAGGAAUGACAUGAGAGUGAGUAAAUGAUGAUUUCUUUUUUUUUUGCAUGAACUAUCCCUUCAAGCACAUCAUGUGCUAACACCCUCCAUUCUUAGAGAUUUCAAUAAGUGUUGUAUAGCGAAUUGUAGUGAGGCACUCGUGGCCUCAUGCUGUCUUGUAGACAUUCGUGGCGUGAACUCAACUUGCCUUCCUAUUGUACGUAUUCGUCUGUAUUUUCUAUUUAAACUACACCGUGUGAUGCCUGCUCCAGUCUCUAUAUGGUGCUGGGUUUCUAUUUCCCAGUACAUCUGUACUUUUUAUCAUAGCUAUUCUUUAACAAUGGCCAGUUCCACUCUCCAUAACCUCAUUCAAAAUACUGCCGCAUAAUGUAACUAUUUUUUUUAUUGUUAUUUUGCAAUCAACCAAAUCACUACAGCGAAGUAUUACAGUUGUAUAGUUCCUUGAAUUAUUCAGAUAACAUUAUUGUUGCUGGUCUAUGGUUGCUCUGCUGUAUCUUUUUAUUACCUUUAUUUUUUACAUGUUAGACAAUAUUGUGACGAUGUCCUAUGCAAAUAUGAGAAUUAACAAGAAUUUGUCAAAUAAUGUAUGUUGUCUUAACUUGUAUGCAUGAAAUAGUGAAGUUUACAUUUGAGAAUAAAUUCUUAAAUAAGAA